AUGGGAAUCGGAGAUGAACAGCUAGAAGUUAUGGACCCAAAGAAAUUUUAUGGUACUCCACAAUAUGCAGCUGAUAUAGAGUCCGAUGAGAGUGACGAUCCAGAUUUAUCUGGCGACGAUGCUGAAAGUGGUGUACAUUCAAAAAUACAAACCAACCAAAAUGAUCCAGAUUCAGAGUCCGACUAUUCAUCUGAUGAUGAUUUGCCCCUAUCAGAAAUUCAAAGACGAAUAUCGAAGAAUAUUGAAUGGCACGAAGGUGAGUUCAAGCUAGAUUGCUUCCCACUACCUUUCAGGUGCGGAACGAAGAGUGGUUACAAGUAUUGA